CCACUAACAAACGGUAACACUGCAGAAGCGGCAUUGUUCAAAUUGAACAGGUGUGGCGUCGUUUUCUUUUUGGAUCUUCUUUCCAGAAAGUCGAUUGGAAAAUGUUUACGCCCAGGCAGAAAGGAUACGGGAAUGGCUUCAUUCACUCGCCACAAACACCUCUCAGCUUCAGCCGGGAACUGCGGCAGGUGCUGCAGGAGCGGAAUCUUCUAACUGCCAAGUCGCGUAGGAAAGUUUGCUCCAUGCUGGACAGCAACAACAGCAGUCCGAUUGGCUCCCCCAAUCCGGACGCGGGAAAAAGAUUGGGUUUCCGUCGCCAGGCCAUCCAGGAGAUUAUUUCGUCGGAGAAAUCGUAUCUGGAGCAGCUGGAGCUGCUGAUGAACUUUUUUGUGCGUCCCUUGAAGGAACAGGCUAUCAUCGAUUGCUCCAAUCACACGCUGCUCUUCGGUCAAAUCGAGAUGAUUCACAAUCUUAACGGAGAAUUCCUGCGCGAACUGGAGGCGAACAUGGAGAAUGUUGCGCACGCAUUCCUGAAAAUGGCUCCUUUCUUCAAACUGUACUCGGUGUACGCCUUUGACUACCGCGGAGCUCUGUUCAUCAUCCAGGAUUUGAUCAGCAAGAAUCCGGUGUUCCGAAAGUUUCUGGAGCAGACCGAGAGUCGUCCGGAGGUGCAACGCAAGCUAAAUUCGCUGAUGAUUGUGCCCAUCCAGCGGGUACCGCGGUAUAAGCUUCUUCUGGAGCAGGUACUGCUCUACACGAGUCCCGCAGAUGCUGACUAUAAGUUGUUGAAAGAAUCCGUCAAGGAGAUCGAGGCCACCGCCAGUCACAUAAACACCUGUGUGGAGGAGCAGGAAAUUACCCAGUAUCUGAUUCAUUUGCAGAACUCUUUGGUGAAUCGCACACCGAACAUUGUGAAGCCCUCGCGACGGGUAAUCAAGGAGGGUGUACUGCAGAAGAUCACUCACAAGGGCACGGAAAUCAAGCGCUACUGUGUUCUCAUGUCCGACAUCUUCAUGUACUGCAAGAUGAUCAAGGAACGUGCGCCCAACACCGUUGUGGAAAACUCACUGGAGUGUUGCUGUAUUUUUCCGUUGAAAAAAUGCAAAGUGUACGAAAUGCUGCCGGGCAACUUUAAGCUUACUUGCCAAAGUGAUGGCAUAAUCUUCGGUAGCGGCGAUGUGCAGCUGUCGCGCACUUGGGUGGGCUUCAUCCGCGAUGCCAUCGAUCUGCACGUUCAGUGCCGAAAGACACUGCGAAAGGACUCGAGCAAAAGAACGCCCAUACGCAAGAAGGACAUGAAGAAGUUCGGAGCUGAUUAUGUACUGAGUCCCAAUAAGCGCAAAUGCGAAUAUGAUACGGUUUUCCGCAAUAAGAAUCGCAGCACGGAUUCCGAAGAGGAGACCGAGGACAGUGCUUGCUUUUCUCGAAAGCGAAAAGUGGCCAGUGGAAUUUUAAGGGCUCCAAAUGGAAAUCCAAUGGGAAAGGCCUCCUCCUCCUCCUCCUCCUCUGUUUCCAUGAAACGUGUUGCACCACCACCACCAGCUCCUCCACCGCCUCCGGCAGUGCAGAUGCGCCACCAGCCGGGAAGGCCUGGAGAGCUGGCCACCGCCAGCAAGGAGAACCGCAUCUCAAAGUUGUACAAAAAGAUUGCUGCCGGUGACAAGGUGGCCAAUGUACGCGGCAUCCUCAAACGCAGCAAUGUACCGGCGCCUAACAAUGAUCACGAUCCAAGCUACGGCUUUGCCAGUCGCUACUCCGAUUCCAAAUCGUAUUUCAGGGCCCACAAUGUGGACAACACCAUACCAACAUUUGUAAAGCGAGAGGAUCUGUUCAACGGGGACAAUAUGUUCCCUGUGCAUUUAAAGAGUCAUGAGGAGAUCUGCACGCCGCCGCAGAAAAAGCGCGUCAAGUUCGACGACACCUUGGAUGCAGUGUCUCCGGUUUUGGUCGAGAAGCCUUUUGCUUUCUCCAGCGAGUCGUCCUCCGCCCUAAAACCCACAUCUUUGCGUGAGCGGAUUUAUGAUUUCUUUGCUAAUCUAUUCUAGAACUAGAUGACAUCAAACUAAAUCGUAUACAAACAUAUAUCAUCGUUUACAACAUUUAUACACAUCAAUAAAUCCAUUAACAAUUAU